AUGCCGUGGUGGGGGGCACAUGGGGACGGAUCCAGGAAUUUAUUGAAGGAUUCUUCACUACUGAGAGAUAGGGCUAAUGGAGGAGGUCUGCACUCUCUGAGCACUUUUCUAGUUUUUUUCAUGUGCUGCAUUUCCCUCAUAGCAAGAUAGACCUAUUGUUUUGUUGAGAAUUUAAAAAAUCCAGCAGGUAAUUUUGAUUUAAUGAGAUGUAUAAGUAGAGACAAGAAAACAAACUAUGCACCUUCUCAUGGGAUGGCAGUCAAAAAACAUACAAUUUACCUGUUUUUCGUCUAAGGUCUGUAGGUCUUCACAGCUUGUGGUUUUUAGUGGGGGUUUCAUGUUUGAUUAUUCCUGACAUGAAAGAAACUUCACAGGUUUCUUGCUUUUACAGUGGGAUCUGAAGGUAAAGGUACAUCAACGUUGGAUCCGUGAACACAAUCCUGUGUGAAACAGCAGCAGGUUAUCUUAUCUCCUCAGUUUCUUAUAUUUAUCUCAUGUUCAUUCUUAUUCAAAGCUGAACGUGACGGCCAGCAGCAGUGACGUGCUGUCUCACGCGUAAGCCUGGAGCCUAAUUUAAAGUGAGGGUCCACUGCCAUCAUGUGGUGAAAAGGUGGCCAGUGCCACACUGGGGACUCAGCAGGUUGGACACAGUUAAAGUGGUCAGUGGUCAUGUCACCCUGCUAUAUCAUAGAUACUGAUAUAGCAACUGUUCAUUUUUAGCUACAUACCAAUAAUAUGAUUUUGAUAUUUUAAUAUAGAGACAAUAAAUCUAUGCGUCAUGACGCAACACCAAAUUUGUUUUCUGACGACAAUCUUAAGGACCCAGUUUCUGGUGAAGAACUGGUUAAACUGUGGCAUAAGCGUAGAUCCUUUUUGUUUGUUCGUGGAAAACAAUUUUUUCUCGUGUAACUUUCUCGUGUAAACAAACAGAAGUUCACCCCAUCUCUCUCUCUCUCUCUCUCUCUCUCUCUUUGCUACGGUGAUGCUGUGCGUAACUGCGUGACGGUGACCAAAACGCCCCCAUCACCCAUGUAAAACUCAAAUGUCAGUUGUUAAUUCCUCAGAGUUAUACUACACCGAAUAGUGGAAGCAUCACAUUUAGUCAUGGAUAAGUUUUUAUUGCUAACUUUCUUCUUGUACGUUCUGGUCUGUUUGGGUACCUGCCAGCACAAUUUACGCGCACCAUGGAGACACCGGUUUCAGUGGGAGAAUAACGGGCAGGUGUACAGUUUACUGAGUACAGGGACUCAGUAUCGUUUACCAACACAGAACAGGAGACGCACUCAGCUCUUAUUGACGACUAAAAACAACUUUAACAGACUUCAGCCUCCUGUAGUGCCCAGCAGAUCGAGCAGAACCAGGUCUGGAGCGGCAGCAGGAGUUCAGUCUCUACAAAACAACCUCAUCCAAAUGGACUCGUCCGUUCUUGGUGUUGAUGCGGGUCAGUAUUUGCUCACCUCAGGACGACCCGGGACACAAGGUCAAACCCAGCUGCGCUUCUCUACAACUGGGGAGGCUGCGACCGUGGGACACAGAGCACAACACAGAACGUCUAACAGCAGCGCUGCUGCUGCUUUCACUGCCAUCCAGGAAUUCUCAGGAAGCGGAAUCCCACGGGGAGGCCGAAGCACACCUGGAGAUGACACUGGCGCACAACCGGCCACUGUAUCAACGGUAACACCAUCGGAGUUUACGCACAGCCGAAACGGGAGGCUAAGAUCUGACAGCUCAGUUCCAGCUGCUGGGUCACCUGGGUGGGUGGCUCUGGCUGAGGACAGCGGGACUAAUCCAAGGGACGCUCUCAGCACGCACAGAGCGCAGUCACUGACCAGAAUAACACCGGAGACAAAUGUUUCCCCUACAGCGAUGUCCAGUAACGCAGUAGAAAUGCAUUUUCCAGGAACGGAGUCAACACGGACUGAGGCGAGUGACCCACGAGAUCCACACAGCAUUCAUCACAGGAACUCGGUUUUCUAUGAUGUUUAUCCAGCAGACCGCAGAAACAGGAUCACUGUGCGCCUUCCACCUUCAGCAGGCUUUGGCACCAGACUCUUUCACAACGGCCUCCCAGACCUGGUUCCUGACCCUUACUACAUCCAGGCUGCCUCUUACAUCCAGAGAGUGCAGAUGUACGCACUGCGCUGUGCUGCUGAGGAGAACUGUCUGUCCAGGUCAGCAUAUCAUCCCAGUGUGAGGGACUUAGAUUACAGAGUCCUGCUGCGCUUCCCACAGCGAGUGAAGAACCAGGGAACAGCAGACUUCCUCCCAAUGAAGCCACGACAUGAGUGGGAGUGGCACAGCUGUCACCAGCAUUAUCACAGUAUGGAGGCCUUCAGUAACUACGACCUGCUGGAUGUCUCCACUGAAGAGAAGGUGGCUGAGGGACACAAGGCCAGUUUCUGUCUGGAGGACACGUCCUGUGACCCAGGAACACGGAGACGCUUUGCCUGCACUGCUCACACUCAGGGGCUCGGUCCUGGUUGCUAUGAUACGUAUCAUGCCAACAUUGACUGCCAGUGGAUCGACAUUACUGAUGUACCACCUGGAAACUACAUACUCAAGGUGACAGUGAACCCGUCUCAGCUAGUUCAGGAGUCAGACUUCUCCAACAACGAGGUGCGCUGUGACAUCAGGUACACAGGAAGCUACGUGCAGGCAAGAAACUGCAGAAUAACUGGAAGCUGACCUGACUGAAGUUUUCCAGCUGAUUUGUUUACUUAAUACCUUCUCAUCUGUCUUAAUCUACUUUUGUAACAUUGUGCUGCAGCUGUUUAACAUCCAAAUGUUUGUUACUAUAUGAAUAAAUGUUUGUAUUAACUGUAUGUCUUAUGUUAUGUUGUAGUUAUUUAGGUAGUUUUAUUUCGUUAUGUUUUAGCAUAAAAAAUUGUCUUUGGACAGUAUGUUUGCAGGAUUUAAAAAUACCAAGAAAAUAUUUUCUUGGAGAAGCAGUGUUAUUAUUUCAUUGAGUCAAUUUUGAUCUAUGAAUCGGUGCUACAUUUUGAGAGAAAUGGUGUCGCUCUUUCCUCCUAUAACCAUAAAAAUUUGUCUGACAAUGAAAGGAUGCUCUAUAUGAUAUUCUUCAUGUAUACUCAAGUUUAACUUAUAAG